UGUUAGGGGGGAAAUCCGAAGGCCUUGAGAGACAGGUUGAGCAGGAGAUGGUCAGGAGAAGAGCGCUGGGGAAUCAGCUGGUCCAGCUGUUGGACAGUCAGAUUCAGAUACUGAGGGUGGAGAUGAGAGUGCAGCAGACCAUGCAGAAGAACUUCAGAGCGAGAUUGAGGGAGUGUUUAAGACUAUUGAUACUUCUCGCUGAGGGCCAGGAAUCACUCUGGGAUGACCGUAUUAAACAACAUGUUCAAGAGCGAGUGGCUGUGCUGGCAGAUGAGAUGUCUGAGAUGGUAUCAGUGGAGAGCCAGAGGCAGGGGGCCUGGGUGGUGUUUAAAGAAAGCACUGGAUCACAGCUGUUAUGUCCUGCCACUGGAUCAGUCCUCAGUAGAGACGACAUCAUCGCUCCUGAUGGGUCUGUUAGAGCUUGUGAUGCUGUUCAUGUAGACCCCCUCACAGGCCUUAUUCAGCCCAACUCCAAUGCCCAUAUGUUACUAGCCAGUGGGCACAGCAUGCCCGUGCCCUCCGACUUCUUCCUUCACCCCCAGACCGGCACACUGCUGCCCGUGGUGGGGAACGUGGGCUUUGAUCCAGUUACCUCCACCCUUGUCUUCACAGCCGAUGUUUGCGUAGGUGAGGUGGGGAAAUGGGAAACGCCACUUCUACCUUUUAUUCCAUAUCCUCCGUCACGCCAUGCUGAAAUCCAUGGCGCUUCGAAGCUACGGGGGCUUCGUUCGGGUCAGAGGCUGGUGCUUGGCGGACUUAUGUGCGAUUAUGAUUCUGGGGUGUUGGUCCCUGUUCUGGCAGUCACCAUUCACCCACGAACAGGACUGGUUUAUCCUUUGGGUGGCGUGCACACGUGCCCGUUCUCACGCAUGCUGCAGCCCAUUCAGGUUGGCUGUCCCAUGCUGAACCCACAUACUGGCAACUUGGUGCUCAUAACGGGGGUCAGUCUUGAUCCACUUACAGGUGCUGUAAUUCCCAUUGGGGGGCUUCUACUGGGCGAGUCCUUCAUUGAGCCCUUGAGUGGCCGGAUGGUGCGGGUCGGCGGAGGCAGCAUGAGGGGAGGGAAGGUGGUGCCCCACGCUGGGGGUUUUCAGGCUCUGUUGGACAGUCAGGUUUUGGGCGCUUUCUUACGGCUGGCGGAGGUCCUGCAGGGAUGCGGUGAGGAGUGGAGCUCAAGGGCUGCAGAUCUGCAAGGGGACUUGGACAGACUAUCAGCUGCAUCAUCUGAGCUGGAGCAGGCCUGGAAGAGCAGCCAGCGAUGUGCUCUACAGCUGAUGAGCCGCCUCGAAGCUGUGCAGGAGUGGGCCAGGGGUGUGGCUGAAAGCGGAGGUAGUGUGGGGGAGAUCAAACUGCCUGGCACUGAGCUCUCUUUGCCAGCUCUGCCAGGGUUGGAGUACCCUGACCCUGGGGGCUCUGGUCUGCACGUCCCGGUUCUGGGGGCACAGCUGGACUGGAUGUCAGGCUGUAUGGUUCCUCUGGCAGGAACUAUGGAAGAUGCAGAUGGUAAAGGGCUGGUUCCAAUACGUUUGGGAGCCCAGACGAUUGACCCCGUGACGGGUGUGCUGGCUCCUGUUAUCGGGGCCAGUCUGGAUGUUUGGAAACGGACUGUGGCCCCUGUAACUGUUUCCCAGUAUCUUGCAUCAGGAGAAAACCCAGACAGCGUAAUAGUGGAAGCUCUCCAGAAGGAAAGCAGCGUUCGGGUGGGUUAUUGGCGUCAGCAUUCGCUUAGGGAAGAGGAGAUGGUGGGGGAUUUUGACAGAGCUGUUAAACGCUAUCUCUCCUCGGCCAUACACGAGUCUGACUGUAUAGACUGGAUAGACACAGACAGGCAGCUAAGGGAGACUGCUGCAGAGAUCCAGGAAAUGGCUCAGUGUGAGGCCCAGAGAAAAGCUCUACAAAUCUCAGAGUUAUCUCUGCUCCUACCAGCCCAUGUGUUACAUGCUCUCACAGGAGGGGAUGAGGAGGAGUGGGAGCGGCAGUGUCUCUGGCACACCGAGCUGACGUCCGUGCUGAACCGAGUGAGUGUGUGUAUGGAGAGAUUGCAGAGGGACCAGGAUCAGCUGUCAGCUCAGGAAGUGCAGAAUCCGGAUGGGAAAUCAGAAGCGUGGGAACUGUGGGAGCAAUUAUUGCAGAAACAAGCCGAGCUGGAUGCCGUUCUUUCGUCUCUUCACUGCGCCCGUCAGCUCUCUCAGCUGCGCGCAGAUACCGCACAGUCCUUGGUGUCUGGCACAUUUUGGUAUAGGGAUGUCGGUAUGCUGCAGUCCAAGGGUGUCGAAAAUCAUCUGAAGGUUAUAGCCAUGACUCAGCAGAAAAUCGUUCCUCUGCUGGAAAGACUCAUUCAGCUCCUGGAGGAAAAUAAAGCACUUUGUCAAUCGACCAGCAACCAGCGACAGCCAAGCUCUGGUGUCUCGGCUCGGUCCUUUAAAGAUCAAAUAAAAGAUCUGUCUGUGAGUGAACAGAAUGUCUUGAUGGCCUCUCUUCCUCUCUCAAACUCUUCUUAUAUGAAGAAAAAGCAGGGAAAAUCUCCAUUGAACCAAAGCCAGGAUGUCCGGUCCCUCCAUGAACCCGGGCUGCCAGUGCACAUCAGUGUCCCGAAGCUGUCAGAGGAAGACUGGUCCAGACUGUUAGGGUUAUCUCCUCUGUUCCAGCUGAUGAAAGAAGUGGAGCAGCAGCUCAGGGACAGUGCCAGAGAUAGAGGCCUGCUGAAGAUCCAGUCCUCGGGUACAAGACAGUCCUUUAUGGACUUUUUGGAUGCGCAGUGGAGGUGUGAGGGAGAGCUAAAUAAAGUGAGCUCUGAUACCCUUAACCCACGAGAGCAUUUGCUCUACCAGCACGGACAGUUUCUUCUUCAGCAUCUGCACUCACAUCAAAUGAUCCCGGCGAUAAAACUGCAGUUGGCAUCCAGUCUCCCUUUUAAUGCUUACCACAACAAUGCUUUCUGCAAUUCCUUUUAUUAUCAGGAAGGAGAGAAAACUCUCUUUGUUCGUACCCAGAGGUUGCAGUCGGUGGGCGGCCUCUCUCUGCUGCUGAUGCACUGUGCCGCACACAUUUCUACUGGCCAGAUGAGGACUGACUCAACUCCUGCCUUCCAGAGAGCUUUCUACAAGGUUCUACAGGUGGUUCUAAAUGAGCUGUUCAAUGCCAGACUGGGACGCGUUCCUAGUGCGAAGGAUGGGAGGACAGGAGAUAGUAUGAGCUCUGACACAGCUCUUGACGCUCUUCUGCUGGAACGAGUACAGAAACCCUUCCCCGGGAUUUUCUCUGAGGAUGAGGUUCUUGAGCGUCUGCAGAAAUACAGGGAGGCUUCAGUGUUCCGCCAAGUCGAGAGUCUCCUGAGGGAGUCUUCUAAGAGCCUAGAGAUCAGCCACCUCAACACUGACCUGUCACUCAACGAUGGUGCUGAGAGCCAUGACUCCGCACCUCCGUGAGCCCAUACUGUAUAUUAUAGUCUGACUUUGAACAGCACUGCCUUUGUCAGUGUUAAAUCUGCAUUUCAACGAGACUGGCCUUACAGUCUUGGAUAAUAAUGAUCCUUGGGCCCUGGUUUAGUCUUUAUUACAAAAAAGAUUCAACAACUUUUUUAUAUUCAGUCUAGUAAUAAUUCAGAUGCUGAAAAUUUACUUGUUAACAGUAAGACUAUCAACAUUUCUCAAAAUGCUAUUUUCCAAAUCUUGUUUUCUAGAUAACUGUAAUAUACCCAUAUAUGUCAUUGUACUCAAUAUUGCUUGUACUGUUGUUUUAUUGUGCCGUGUUUAUGUAUUGUGGUGUUUUUGUGCUAUAGUUGAUAUUGCUGCUAUUUUGUGCCUGAAUUCCCCCUGCCCCCCGGGGACCAAUAAAGUAUGUUUAUCUGGUGUAAUGGCAAGGCUUA